GAAUAGCGACCUGGCGCGAAUGUUCAACUGACAACUGCCUGUAGCUUUUGCCUAUCGUCCACACCGAAUGUUAGACACUGCAGAUGAACCUGUUUCGACCGCGAAUAGUUCUCCCAAAAAUAUGGACAAACUAAAAUUACCAUUUAGAAACUAUGAAACCUCUUCGUCUUCAGAGAUUUCGUCUGACAGUGAGCCUGAAUUAAUUGAAAGACCUGUGAUCCAGAAACCCAAGGAUCCAGCCUUUUUAAUUCCACCCGACUAUACCUUACAGUCAGUGGAAGAUUUGGCUGCAGAUAUAAAAGUUUCGUUACUCGGAAAAAUAUCUCAAGUUUUUGAUAAAUACGUUGUCAUCCGUUCGAUUAAUUCGGCAGUUGUACUGAAUGAGCGAUCUGUGCUUUUUCUAGAAGACGGAAAGUAUCUGGGUGAGGUUUAUGAAACAUUUGGCCCAGUACGUACUCCAUUUUAUCUGGUGAUCCUUUCCAAAUCAUUUUGUGUACCCGAGUUAAGAAAUGAUCGGAUCUCAGGUUCACGCAAUUGUACAAUUUCAAAAUCAACGAACUAUUCUGAAAAUUUGGAACCUCAAACACCAAUUGAAUCAGUUACUAAUACUCAACUUGAUAAUGACAAUUCACUUAAUGAUAGCAGCAGUCAGAAUCCUUGUGAAAUUGAAAUACCAAUUACUGACAACAGUGAUGCUAUCAAUUAUGAAGAAAAGAGAAAGGUUAAUCAUUCAUUGAAGGAAAUAUCCGUGUUCUAUGCACCCGAUAUACCUGAACUCACUAUUCCUGUCUUUUACAACCAAUUAAUUGCUAAUAACACCAAAGGAUCAGAUGCAUCUUGGGUAGGCGAUACGGAACCACCUCCUGAGGCACUGGAAUUUUCAGACGAUGAACGUGAAAAACUGUAUAAACGCGCGUUAAAGAUGAAACGAAAAUCACAGACACCAGAACCAACAAACUCAACCCAAAUGUUAAGCUGGCCAAAGAAACAUGAUAAGCGGCAUGGUAAACCAUCAUUUGCUGUAAAGAAACAUCCAACUGCAUUUGCGUCGAGCGUUCAACCCGUAGAUCGUGCCUGUGGAUAUUCACUUCAACAACAAUCCUGUAGCCUAAGACCUUGCUUACCCAUCCAAUCACCAAAUCACUGGAAUAUGUAUCCUAGCGUUCAACCUCAAUGGCAAAAUCCGACUUAUGGUCACAGCACCUGGCCUUCCGUACCUUCAUACCCUCCGACAGUACAGAAUCCUUACCCAUAUGUACCGCGAAACGCAGUGCCGCCACAUCCGUUUUCAUAUCAUUAUGCUCUCCCUGAAGAACCUUACCAACAGAAUUCGUGGUCACCGUAUGCUCCAUCGUGAUUACAAAAUUAUUCAACGUUUCAUAAACCAUUUAUGCACAAAAUAUAAAUAUAUAAGUAUAUAGCGAUU